AUGUUAACCAUGGUGUGGCUUGUUGUAGACAUGCUUGUUGUUCAUGCAGCAACUGUGUGGAAUCUCGCUCCAUUAGGUUCUCCAAGAAUUAUCUUUCGUGAUACAGUCUAUGCCUCUAAAUUGAGAGCUGACAUGUCAAAACCAACUCGAGCUGCUUCUGCAUUCAAAUCCUUUGUCGACAGUGGAGUCACUACAGGAGGAAGUCAAACAGGAACAAUUUAUGAAUUCCGUGCUUGGCAUGCUGCAUUAAUGUCUCGUGUCACUGGUCAAUCCUCUUAUUGCACCUUUGCUGUCAAUGAUGCAGAUGCAUUUGUGAAAUCUGAAGAAGCAUUGAUUGCCAAUGGAGAAAAACCAGUCGUUGCCUAUGAUAGUUAUUUAGAAGUGGGUACUCAUGUUGGCAAUGUCAUGAUGGUCUAUGAUUGGUGUCGAGCUCAAACUUCAUCUUCUCAACGCUCUCGUUGGGUUGCGUAUGUGAAUCAAGCCGUGUCCAAUGUUUGGAAUUGUACCACUGCCAAAUGGGGAAAUCGUUUGGAACCUUGGUCAUGUUGGAGUGUGAAUGAUCCUGCUAAUAAUUAUUACUACUCAUUCAUUAGAGCUACCAUGAUGGUUGGAUUGGCCACUUUUGGAGAGAAUCCAUUGGCUGACAUGUGGCUUCAACAAUUUAGAAAUGUGAAAUUGGGUAAAGAGUUGAUUCCUUAUUUUAAUAAGGAAUUGGUUAGUGGUGGAAGUUUGGAAGGAACUGGAUAUGGUACUUCUCAUAAGGAACUCUUCACCUUGUACGAUUGGUGGCAAAGAUCUACAGGAGAGAAUAUUGCCAAUCUCAUGCCUCAUACCUAUAACUCUCUUCAAUGGAUUCUUCAUCAAAUGGUUCCAACUUUGGAUUAUUUGGCUCCCAUUGGAGACCACGCUCGUGAAUCCACAGCAGCUUUCUAUGAUUAUCAUCGUCAUUAUAUUCUCGUCUUGUGUUCCUUGUAUCCAACUUCACCGUUAGCAAGAGUUGCUAAAACAAUUUUGAGCAAAUCCAGUGUGCCACAAAUGACGGGUGGUUUCAAUACCUAUGCCGAUUUCAUGUUUGAUAUUAACCAUGUUGUGGCAGCUCCAUUGAAUGAUACUCAAUUGUUAACAACCUCAUUUAGAGGAGAUUCUACUGGUAUCCUAGCGACUAGAUCUAGUUGGGAAAGUGAUGCUGUCUAUGCUCAACUCAUGUGUGGACCCUAUACACAAUCUCAUGCUCAUCGUGAUCAAGGAAGUCUUUUGCUUUACAAAAAGGGUUGGCUCGCUAUCGAUGAAAAUAUCAAUACUCAUUCUGGAAUUCAACAAGGAGAAGCUUUCCAUAACAUGAUUCGUAUCGAUGUUGCAGGACAAACUCUCCCACAACGACUUGACACUUCAUGUCAAAUGAGUGCUCUCUCGGACAGCUCGGUCUAUACGUACGCGUUGGCAAAAGUCACACCUUCGUAUGGAGGUCAUCCUGCUGUGAAAAAAGUUGAACGAGAAUUCCUCUUCAUCAAACCAAGUACUUUUGUGGUUAUGGAUCGAGUGGUUACAACGACUGCUUUUAAUGCUAAACGUGUCUAUAUGAUGAAUUUUGCGAGUGCUCCAACGAGUUCUGGAAGUUCGAUCACUGUGAAUAAUGGUAAAAGCUCAAUGACCAUGACAACCUUGUCUCCAUGGUCACAAGCAAGAAACAAUUUCGAUUGGGCUAGCAUUGAGAGUGAUGCUAAUUCAGGAGUGAGAGUCGAUAUUGUGGAUGGUUCUAGUCAAGCCUCCACUUCUAACACAACUCAUUUCCUUAAUGUCAUGUCUGUGGAUGGUUCUGUAGUUGUGGCGACAAGAGAAUCCGAUUCGAAUGGAAUGAUGGUGGCAUGUUUGAGUUUGGCCGAUGGAAGAAGUGUUCUAGUUCGUUUCAGUAAGGAUGGAACUGGAGGUUCUCUCAGAAUUGUAAAAUCGGGAGUGGUGCAACUCGAUGAAAAUUUCACAAAUGGCAAACAAGCACUAGGAGUUGUGCAGUCGUCAGGAAUUGCUGUGAGAAGAAAGGAGAAGCAACAUGUUGUGAAUGAUUCUGUUUCUGACAAGUAUGUUCAUGGAUGGGUCAAGCAAGUGCUCAUCAUGAUGCUGGUUGUGGUCUUGUUGGUCAAAUUAUAA